AUGGAGCUCAACGUCUUGGAUAGCACGAAUUUGAAACCUGUCACUGUUACAGACCUUCUCUGCAACCUCUCCCUUAUCUUUUUGUCUCCCAAGCCUUUCAACUUCUUCACAACUAAACUAUUUCACACCUUCAACUACGGACAGAACAAAUCGUCACAAGACCCUCCUUGUCUAAACCCAACCCAACUCAACAUUAUGGAAUCGCAGAGCACCAUGAUUUAUACAGGCGGCGAUCUUAUCGAGCCCGCAGCAACUCCAGAAAGAACCUCGAUGUUUUGCACUACUGAGCAGCUUCUGCUCUUCUAUGGAAAGCAUGACCGCACGGUCCUGAAGAAACUCGUCUACAUUACCUUUGACGAGUAUGAGUUCGAGUCGCUGUUUUCGUACUUUCGGGCUUUCGUUGCUCGAAUCGGAAAGUACAACACCCCGUCGGCAGUUUGCCGCUUUGCCCGUGUCAAGACUUUUGCGGUGCGGCGACUCGAGAAGGAAGACAUGGUCCUCAUUGAAGUGACCAAGUCUGGCCACACCUUUUACAAUGACAAUCUCAUUGCCCUGUAA